AUACAUCGAAGCACGUAUAGCAACAGCAAAACCAACAUUACGUUAAUGCGUAUAGCAUGCCGUCGGGCACAUACAAUCAGACAAGCAUUAAAAGACAGACACACGCACAAGCGUUUGUACUUGCAUCCGUUGCAGCAAAUGUUGCACACUCGGUUAGGGGUUGUUCUCCUGUCAACCGAACGGCGAUCGUCGAGCUCUGCAAGUAUAAAAGGCGCACCAGUCAGAGACUCAACAUCAUUCACAUCGCAUCCUUCUUACUGAGUGCAUUCAACACAAAGUGUACGCACAGUCGAGACGUGAAACCAAGACACGUAAAGUAAUACCAGCAAACGAACAAACAACAACAACAGCAACAGCAUGUCGCCGAACACAAAAUCACUACAACAACAAUCACAAUUCUACGCUACCAAAACGGAGCUGUACUUGAAAGUGAAGAAACCACUGUUGGAACGUCAACGUCGUGCCCGCAUCAACAAGUGCCUCGAUACACUGAAGACACUGGUAGCCGAGUUCCAAGGUGAUGAUGCCAUACUGCGUAUGGACAAAGCCGAAAUGCUUGAGUCGACAAUUGCUUUUAUGCGUCAACAUAGCCAACGCCGUUCAGCGAUGCCCGCUGUGGCGCCACUUGCACCGAUGGAUAGCUUCCGCAAUGGUUAUAUGAAUGCCGUCAAUGAAGUUUCGCGCGUUAUGGCCGCUAUGCCGGGCAUGAGCGUCAAUGUGGGCAAAUCAGUGAUGACACAUUUGGGUAGCGAGUUCAAUCGGCUAUUACAACAACAGCAAGCAAUCGUUGUAGAUGUUGAGGAGAAGUUGAGUGAAAAAUUAGCUCGUCCAUCGAGUCGUGCCUCAUCGGGUUAUCACAGUGAUUGCGAGCAUGAUAGCCCAAUGUCAUCACCAGCACCAGUAGCCGCCACCGAGUGCGCCACCUGGCGACCAUGGCUGUAAGCGUUCGCUAAGCCGUGCAAUUAUUCGGUGUUGGGGCGUUACCAGAACAACUGAGAGCUUUAAAUCAAGGCAACUUUAGAAACAAAGAUUGUGUGUUAAGACUGUGAUCGCAUUUAUUUGCAUUGUUAUUGUAUCUUCUGAUAGAAACAACUCUACAUAUAGCUUUAAUAGUUUGUAAGAACUUAGAAAUUGUUUAAAAAAAAUAAAAUAAGAGCUUUAAUAGUUUGUAAGCUAAGAAAUUAUGAAGAAAAUAUAAACUUAAUGAGAAUUAUUAA